AUGGAUAAAAAUAAGAGUCAUAUUGGAAUACCAAUUGAAAUACCAAUUCCAGCUGAUAAAAAUUAUUUAAUAAAAGAAUCGGAAUUAUUUACAAAAUAUGCGGCAGUUAGUCAGGAUGAUUCAUUUAUAGUUAUCUUUGAUACAAAUAAUGAUGAUUUAUUCGAUUUACGAAUGUAUAAAAUUAUAACUAAUGAAGAUACAAAAAAGAAGGAAUUAUCUGAAGGACAUUCUGAAUCAUUUACAUUUACCGAUAUUGAAGACCAAGAAAUGAUGAGAUCGAGUCAUUUUUUAAAUUGGUCUGUCACUGUGUCAAAUGUACAUCAAGAAAAAUUUAGAUUGAUCGCUAUAUCUUGCAUAGGCCAAGACGAUAUGCAAAAUCUGUCAGGUUCAAAUAGAUGUGGUUUUACCAAAAUAUGGAUGAUCGAAAAUGACUUUGAUAUAAAGAGGUGUAAUAUAGAAAUAGAAAGUGGUGGAAUAAUCCAUCUUCUUUCUGAAGCCGAUGAAUUCAUACUUAUUUUGUUAAAAGGAAAUGGAAUAUAUAAACAUCGUUUAUUGUAUUCAUUAGUUUCCAAGAAAUUCCAACAUGAGAUUUUAGUAUUAAAUUAUCCGGAAAGGAUAAUUAAUGCUUUAAGUUAUAAUUGUAGUGACUCAAUUAUUAAACACACGAUAAUACCAUCAAGUGAGAUAAUACGAAAAUAUCUUUUGAGAUGCUUAAGCAGUCAUUACUUAUUGGUAGACACAUCCGAGAGGGAUCCAAACAAAAAUAUAGAACUUUACGAUUUAAGAACUAAUCAAUUAAUGAAUGUUUUUAAAAGAUAUAAAAUUGGUUUAUCAAUCUUGGAUCGUGAAAAACCUGGGGCUUUUGCGAUAUCUAAUGAUGAAAAGCUAUUAGCGUACGUAUCUGGAAAUGAAAUUAAAAUUUAUUUGAUAGAAAAUGGUCUAGAAUUAUCAUCUUUAUCAUGUAAAAAAGGUGGCAUGCAUAAUGUUGAAUUUAUGAGAUUUGUCUUUAAUAAUGAAAAGUUAUUAAUAUUCAAAAAAAACAGAACGGUAGCAGUCUGGGAUAUUUUUAAUUCUGUCAGAGGAUUUAUUGAAUUUAUACCUUUUGAAAAAGAUAUAUAUUCAUGUUUGGCUAAGCGUAUGACAAGAAUAGUUAUUGAACCUAUAUUAGAAAAUGAACCUUUUAUAAUCCUUAAUAUAAGACCAUUUUUUGAUAUAAAUCAAAUUGUUUGGGAUAAAUUGAAUCUGAAUAAACAUUUGAAAGAAUCAGGCCUUAAUUCAGAUUGGAAAGAACUAGAUCCUUCUAAAUUGAAUAUGAUAAUAAUGAUAGAAAAAAAACUUAUUACUGAUGGUAAACAGCGGCUUCAAUUUCCAAGAUAUGUUAUCUACCUUGAUGUAGAAAAACAAACGAGACUUCUCAUAGGAUACAAUAGUAUACAAGUUUGGCGUGGCAAAAAACUUGAAUUCAUUCGCAUCGUUAAUGAUGACCCGAAAGCACCUGAAGAACCUCAUGAAAAGUUCCAAGUUACUAAAAUUAGAUAUGCUCUACAAAAAUUUGAUCUUUUAAUUAGUUUAGAAGAAGGAAAAGAAAUUCAAAUAAAAAUAGAACAUGAAGAUGAUAUUAUCCAAAUAGUAAGGGAUGCAAUUAAGGCCCUUGUAUAUUUUGAUAGUCAAAGCAAAUCCGUUAAUAUUGCUUUUGACGUCAAGCGUUCAAUAUUUAAUGAAAUAGUACAUCAAACACGAAAUAUUAUUACAAGAUUUAUUACUUUAUAUUCGAAUCUUUGGAGGUUAAUAGAUUUUCGUUAUAGGCUAAUGACAGAAUUUAUUAAUAUAAGAGAUUUUUCACUUAUAGCUCGUAUUCUAUUUAACAAAAAAAAUGCUUCCGAAAAAUAUAUUUCACAAAUCCUUUCUAUGGUCUUAAAUAAUAACGAAAGUGAAAUCAAAACUAAAUUAGAAAAUAUUAUUUCUAGACAUUCUUCAAAAGCUCUUAACAAAGAUGAAGAACGUCCUCUCCACUCGUGGCAAGUUCCAUUAAAACAUAUUUUGCUUGACAAAGAAUCGAAUAUCGACGUAACAAUGCUUGCACUUUUCCUAGAAUAUUAUUCCAACAAUGCUAUGGAUAACAUUGGAUGGAUGAACUCGGUGUCCGAAAUCAUAUCAGAAUUGUACGAAAGGAAAUAUGGGUUGUACAUCCAAGAGUUUUUAUUCAAGCCUUGUUUUGGCAACAAAGAGUUAGACUUUUCUAGUUUUAAGUUUCAUGAGAUUAAGAAACAUUCCGAAGAUUCUUUAAAAGUUUUUAUUCCCAUAACGCAACUCAUUCCUCGUGAUACCGAUUUAAAUCUUAUAAAUAUCAGCGAUGAUGAAAUUCCUCAUAUUAAAAUGAUACCUUUUAUUGAUUUUACAACGAACAAAGAAAAUCAAUCGACUCCAAGCAAGUUCAAGAAGAUUAUUACUAAGCUUUUUCUGCCUGGGAAAUCUUCAUCCAUUAAAAAUGAGGAUUAUAGCCCUUUUAUUCGUAUUAUAAAUCUAGUAAAAAAGGAUGAUCCAUUUUAUGAAAACCCUUCAAUGGAGGCGAUCACAAAUAUAAUAUUUAUUCUCCUUGGAUAUAUUCAAUUAAGUGAAGAAUCGGAUAAUCCUUUUGCCAAUCCAUUAAGCUCUAUAUUGGCAGCCUUUUAUUGGGACUCAACUAUAUUUGAUUUUUGGAAUUUUUGGCCUCUGACUAUAAUUAAUGUUAUUUUUGGAUUUCUUAUUGUAAUCGUACUAGAAGAUAUAAUUAUUUCAUUUAUGGGAUCAUUUAUGGGACGUAGUGUUCUUCAGAUUCGAAAUGCUUUUAUUUAUAAUUAUGCAUUUUUAGAAGGUUCAUCUUUAAGUUCUGAAAUGAAUAUUUAUGACUUCAAAUUUAAAGACAAAUUUAAAAUAAGAUAUAUAUGUUUUUUGGAUGAACAGUUAUUAACAGGAGCAUGGAAUGAGAAAUCUAUAGAACUUGAUUCAGAAAGCUUGGUAAAACUAGAAAAAAAUAUGGAUUAG